AUGGAUCGUUUCACCCCAUUUCCUGCCGUCACAAGGGAAGACGGCGAUGUGCUGGCUCCCGCAGUCAUUCCAUGGCAGGUGGAUGCUGUUCCGAUUCCCUCGGAAUGUCUUGCUCUGUCAUGGGCUAUUAUAUUGCGCGCAUUUACUACCGAUGAAACCCCGGUCUUCCUGCUAAAUGGAGCUCCGGUCAAGGCAGAUCCAUCGGCUGAAACCAUCCAGCAGGCAACGUUGGAUGAAGUGUCCGCUCGAUCCGCAAAGUACACUGCAGUGGUGACCGAGGCCCAUUUGUCUUCGUCCGUUGAGCCCUUGCCUACGUUGCUGUGGACCCUGGAUUUUGCAACGCAGUCGGGUGCGUUGCAUUCGGCUGGGGGUAUGGACGAUUCGUUCUUGCACCAACUGGGAAGGCAGCUCAGGCAGAUUGUGAACCAGCAAGUGUCGCGAGCUGGUAUUCAUCUAGAGUUACCUGUUUCUGAACUUCCUGCCCUGUCGAUUGCAAACCCCUCGCCCCGUACGUUACCGGGGCCUCCACUUCUCCAUGAGCUGGCCCUCGGCCAGUCCCAGAGCGCGGGUCACGCCAUUGAAUUUCUUGCCGCGGAUGGAAACAUCCGCUGCCUGUCGUACCAUGCCUUGGACCGGCUUUCGUCGAAGCUAGCGGCUGAAAUCGUCGCGGCUUCCGCAGCCGUGGCGAACGACGCGAAGAAAAAGGUGGUCCCCGUGCUGCUUCCCCAGUCUGUGGAAUUGUACAUUUCAUGGCUGGGGAUUCUCAAGUCUGGAGCAGCAUUCUGUCCAUUGAACAUCGAUGCGCCACUGGACCGGAUCGAGUUCAUCUUGCAAGAUGUAGCGGCAUCGGUUGUGAUCACACAAGAUGCCCUUGCAGCCAAAAUACCACAGGAUGAACGCCUGGCGGUUCUUACAGUGGAUGAACUUGCAAUCAAAGAUGGCAAGACAAUAGAGCCCCGUGUGGAACAGGGUACUUCUUCAGAUUUGGCCUAUGUGAUGUACACCUCCGGAUCGACCGGCCGGCCCAAAGGUGUUGGAGUUUCACAUCUGGCUGCCACCCAGUCGCUGCUUGCCCAUAAUGACUUGAUACCCCCGUUUGAACGAUUUUUGCAGUUUGCAUCGCCGACGUUUGACGUCUCCGUCUUUGAAGUCUUCUUUCCUUUCAUGCGGGGCGCGACCCUCAUUGGAGCUGAACGAGAGCACAUGCUGCUCGAUAUCUCCCAUGUCAUGACCGAAAUGCGAGUGGACGCCGCCGAGUUGACCCCUACCGUCGCAGGAGAAUUGCUGCGCACACGAGCCGCAGCACCCUCUCUCCGAGUCCUGCUGACGAUUGGCGAAAUGCUCACGCAGCAUGUGGUGGACGAGUUUGGUCAGUCGCACAGUGCAGAUAGCCUUCUUCAUGGGAUGUACGGUCCUACUGAGGCGGCGAUUCAUUGCACUGCAGCCACCCACUUCCAGGCCCAAUCCCGCGUCAACCUUAUUGGAAAGCCAUUCCAAACGGUUUCCGCAUAUAUCAUGUCACUUGAAUCCGAAGAAGGAUCACCCACCGGAGAGCCCCAGGCCCUUCCACUGGGGCAGAUUGGAGAGCUCGUGGUGGGCGGACCCCAGCUGGCAGACGGGUACAUCAACCGACCUGAAGAAAAUGCCAAAGCCUUUAUCCAAAGUACUUCACAUGGCCGGCUCUACCGGACUGGCGACAAAGCUCGUAUGCUACCUACCGGGGAGAUCGAAUGCUUUGGACGAAUUUCCAGUGGUCAAGUGAAGCUCAGAGGUCAGCGGAUCGAGCUUGGAGAGAUUGAGCAUGUUAUUUGUAGAGCACCAGAUGUUCGAGCUGCUGUCGCCAUCGUGAGUGGCGGGAGCUUGAUUGCAUUCGUGCUAGUCAACGACAAAGGAACCACUGACAGUAAGCUCCGAGACGCAUGUCGCCAAUUACUCCCUCGGUUUAUGGUCCCGGGUGAAUUUGUGCUUGUCAACCAGUUUCCACAGCUUCCAUCCGGAAAAAUCGACCGUAAGGGAUUGGAGGCCGACUUUCUCCGUCACCGGGCCGCUGCACCAGCUGUCGACCAAGAACCGUUUCGGGAUGAACUCGAAGAGACGAUUGUGUCUUGUGCAGCGGAUGUAAUAGGCCGGCAACCCUCGUCCACUGAAAGUCUAGUUGCCGCUGGCCUUGACUCUUUGGCUGCCAUUCGCCUUGCUUCCCAUCUGCUAGACGCUGGAAUUUGCCUGGAUGUGGGAAAGCUGUUAGCGGCUGACUGUGUGGAAGAAAUAUGGCACGUUGCAAAGGAUCUGGAGACUUCGCAAGUGGCCGAGGACAAGUAUGAAGGCCUUCAAACAAUCCGCCAACUGGUGGCGGAUGCUGGUAGCACGAGGGUCGAAUCGCUUGGGUUGGGCUCAGAGGUCACGGCGGUUGAACCAUGUAGCCAUAUUCAGCAGGCCAUGAUACUGGAGACAGCCCGAGAUCAGAAGGCAUAUUGCAAUUGGGUUGAGUUGCAAUUCGAGCCCUCGAUCAACCUAGCCGCCGCGAAGAAUGCGUUCAUGAAAGUGGUGGAUCGCUACGACAUUUUGCGGUCUGGGUUUGUGGAAAUUGGGCUCAAGGAUCACGCAUAUGGCCGCUUUACCUGGAAUCUCUCAAGUGACAAUGUCUUCCAUGAGUGCGAGGAGUUUGACUACGACGUGAGUUUGAGUGCAGAUCAAGAUCUCCUCAAUCCUGUCAGGGUCCAAUUUCGGACAGGAAGAGAGAAGCUUCACGUGCUUGUGCAUAUCCACCAUUCCAUCUAUGAUGGUUGGUCCUGGCAGUUGAUUCUGAAGGAGCUUCAUGGUAUCCUGCUAGGAGAAGAGCUCGUUCAAAGACCUGCAUACCAUAUCGUGACGGACUUCUUCAUCGAAUACAAAAUGGGCGAAUCAGCCAAGGAGGCUUCGACCUUCUGGCGGGAUCAACUCCAAGGGUCAUCUCCUGCAAACUUCCCAAAUUUCCAUGGAAGGCUGGAUGUUUUGCCCGGGACGGAGGAGACGACUCGCAUGCUUGAAGUCCCGAUGUCAAAACUCAACGAAGUUUCGCACGUCCUUCGAGUGAGCAGGCAGACUAUAUUUCAGGCUGCAUUCUGCUAUGUUUUAGCAUCUUACCUCGGGACUGGUGACGUGGUUUUCGGCACCGUUUUUUCAGGCCGCACGUUACCAGUCAAAGGAAUUGAGACGGUCCUUGGGCCCUGCAUCAGGACACUGCCAACACGUAUGGAUCUUGACAAGAUGCAGGAUGUCACAGAUCUGUUUUUGGCAAUCCAGAAUCUGAACCACAAGUCUCUCGAGCACGGCAGUCUUCCUCUUCAAGAUAUCAAAAAGGCUUCCGGUAUCGGACUAGAUCAGAGCCUUUUUGACAGUGCUCUGGUGUGGCAGGAGAGCAUCUGGUCCAACGAAAACCACAGCAAUUUGUUCCACGAAGUUGGGGCUGCAGAAUUCUUGGAAUUCGCGUUGUUGCUAGAGUUUGAGCCUCAGGAGAUUGGUAUUCACGCAAAGGCCACAUACCAGAGAUCAGUUUUGUCUCAGGAACAGGCGAAUAUUUUGUUGGAGCAGGUUGAUUGCGUGGCGUCGAUUCUCCUCAACUCCCCGGAUCUUUCAAUCCCUCAAAUUCCUUGUCAUCUCCCGCCAUCGACAUUGUCACUCCACAGAGCGACAUUUGAAAAACAGACCAAUCCUCCUCGUCUUUCCUCUAGUGUCGAUGCGAUUGCCUCUGUUGAUCCCGGCCGUACAGCCGUGGAAUUUAUGCUUCCCCAAGAGCCGGGAUCCAAUGUCUCGAAAUCUGAAAGAGUCACCUAUGGUCAAUUGCAAGCGCGGGCGAAUCGCCUCGCCCAUCAUCUGCUAGAUAUGGGAGUCGCCAAAUCUGAUUUGGUUGCAAUUAUUUUGGACAAGUCCCUGGAAUUCUACGUCUGCAUGCUCGCUGUUGUGAAGGUUGGAGCUGGCCUUGUGCCCUUGACCCUUCAGGAUUCUUUCCAGACGCUUCAAAGCACUCUGACAGCGGCAAGACCCAAGUUUUGCAUCGUCAGUCCGCUCACAGAGUCCAUGUUUACUUUGGAUUCUUUGGAAUUUAUGCAUGUAAUUGGCUUGCCUGAUUUUGAAGUCGACUCUUAUCACAGCAAUCCUACUACCACCAACGAGGGAUCCGAUGUUGCUUAUACCGAAACCAGGCCUACAGGCAAUGGCUUUACGGAGCAUCAGUUCAUUUCAUACCACAAUCUGCAAACCAACAUCGAUGUGCUUAUGGACCUAUUUCCAACAUUUCCAGAGUCAAAGAUUCUGCAGGCGGCUCCUCAGGCAUCGGGUGCCUCAAUUUUUGAAACCUUCUUCGCAUGGCAGAAAGGAAUGACAUUGUGCUCAACCCCAGACAACUUCCUGACUCAAAACGCACGGCAGGCUAUCGCAGCCAUGGGCGUGACUCACCUCCAUAUUACCCCGACAAUGGCCUCACAUCUAGAGCCACAAGACGUGCCUACAGUGCAACAUUUGCUUGCAUCGGGCGAGGCAUUGACUGCAAAGGUUCAUCGGGACUGGGCUGGAAGGGGGCUCCAUCAAGGUUACCUCAAUCGUGGCUUAACCAAUGUCUGCACUUUCUACAAAGGCGUUGAAGCUUCAACUUUGACAGCCAAUGUCGGCAGACCAUUAAAUAAUACAUCUGCCAUGAUUGCAGCAGACCAAGAACCAUUCCAUCCGCUUCCGCGAGGUGCGGUUGGAGAGAUAUGCUUUGGUGGGGAUCAAGUUGGGCAUGCAUCCUUGGACAAGGAAAGUUCCACCGCAGGGAGAUUCGUGGAUCACCCUGAGCUAGGUAAAGUAUAUAGGACCGGUCAAUUUGGCAGAAUUCUUCCCAAUGGGUCCCUUAUCCUCCAGAGACGCGACCAGGUAAAGCUGAAUGGCCAACACAUCGUUCUCGAAGAGGUUGAUCGUGCCCUUAUCUCUUCAGAACUGGUUCAAAACUCCGUGAGCAUGGUUCUUAACAACCCAAUUUCGAGCCAACAGUGCCUGGUUGCGUUCUGGAUUCCCUCUGCUCAUGCUCGCCAGUCUACGGGCUCCCUCCGGUUUGACUCGGUGGUCAAUGAUUUAUCUAAAAAGCUUAGCUCAAGGCUUUCUUCACAUAUGGUUCCCUCACUCCUGGUUCCAAUGGAAGAGAUACCUAUGACCGAGACUUACAGAACCGAUUAUUCGGAGUUGCAGCGAAAGAUCGAGCAAAUGACACCAGAGCAACUUCGGCUGUUUUCACCCGCGGUGGAGGCUCAUGAGAAUGACGAGAAUCUUUCUGAUCUUGAGAAGACUAUUGCAGUUGCUCUUUCAGAAGUCACUGGUGUCGAUCAACGCAAUAUACGCAGGCAGACAUCGUUCUACAAGCUGGGACUGGAUUCUUUGUCUGCCAUAUCUUUCUCACGCAGGUUACAAGAACUUGGUUGCGAAAGGCUUGCUGUGUCUACCAUACUGCGCUAUAGCUCUGUUGCUCAACUUGCGGAGGUUGUUCCUUCGAUGGCCACCAGGAACCAGCCCAAAGAGUAUAUGCAACAGCUCCCGGGUGCGUUCGACAAGAGUUGGAUCCUUCAAGUCGAGAAUGAGCUCAGAACCUCAGGCAAAGAGGCCCGAAAUGUGUACCCCUGUACGCCAUUGCAGGAGGCUAUGCUUGCGGCUGAAUCCGAUAGCCACUCGGCCUACUUCAACCAUCUAUUAUUGCGUGUGCACGUCGAUAUCAAGACUUUGAAGACUGCAUGGAUUCAAAUGUUGCAGCGACAUGACAUUCUCCGAACCUGCUUCCGGCCAACCACUGACCAACAUUUCGCCUAUGCCCAGGUUGUCCUGGAUAGUGCAAAUUUGCCCUGGACGCAUGCCGAAACAUCCACUUUUGAGCUGGACCAGGAUGUCAACAGGAGCAAGUCGAAAUUCGAGGGUCAAUCUCCAGUCAAUGGAGAGCUGCCUUACUCGUUGGUUCUAUUCACGGACUCCGCGGCACAAAAGGCACAUCUUCUUUUGUCUAUCCACCACGCACUCUAUGAUGGAGAAGGCAUAAUGCAAUUAUUGCACGAACUUGAGCUCUUUAUUUCUGGGAAUAAUCUGCCAGAAAUAACGCCAUUUUACCGGUUUAUCGGGUACAUGCUUUCUGCCAACUCAGAAACAUCGGAUGAAUAUUGGGAUCGGUAUUUGUCUGGGGUGUCACCGAGUCUGCUAUCCAUGCCAAAGGAGGCCAAGAAUCUUGCGAACGAAUCAGUGUCGCAGCAAAUCCACAUCCAAGUGAGCGGUCCUUUCGAUUCAUUCAAACAGCGAUGCAAAGACCUCUCAGUGGCGCCUUUGAACGUUUUUCAUGCGGCGUGGGCCAGAUUGCUCUCAUUGUAUGCCAAUACCUCUGAUGUCUGCUUCGGCAAUGUGUUCGGUUGUCGAACUAUUCCUUUGGAUGGGGCGGAUCAAAUAGUUGGACCUUGUUUCAACACGCUGCCAGUACGAGUCAAGUUCUCUUCCACUGCAACGAACAGAGACAUCAUGGGGAGCUCACAGAGGUCCAAUAAUGAAAUCUUGCCCCAUCAGCUCAGCCCGUUGCGGCGCAUUCAAAGGCGUACAUUCAAUGAUGGGUCUCAUCUCUUCGACACUCUGGUUGUCCUCCAGAAUCGGAGCACCCAGCUUGACUCGAGCGUAUGGGAGCUUCUUCGCGACGAGGGAAACAUGGGAUUCCCGCUCGUCUGCGAGAUUGUUCCCGAUGACACAGAAAACAACAUCCAUAUCUGCCUCCACUUCCAAACAUCAUACAUUGCCCAUGAUGUGGCCAAGAAAAUUGCGCAUGACUUUGUGGCUCUUGUUGACCACACCACCCAAUAUCCCUCGGCCCAGGCCUCCGAUCAACGACCAUUGGGGGCCGAUAUUCCUCGAAUCUUUAAAGGAAGAGAUCCACGUAAAUCCAACGCCGUCAAUUAUGUGUCAACCACGACCCAGAUAUCACGUCCCUGGUCUCACCAAGAAGAGGCAGUGCGGGACAUUCUUUGCAAGUUCUCAGAAUUCAACCCCGAGGCCGUGUCGCAGGAAACCACGAUUUUCCAGCUUGGGCUGGACAGCAUCAAUGCCGUUCAAAUAUCUGCCACACUGCGGGAUUUGGGCUACAAAGUCUCGGCUGGGGACCUUCUUGAGGCUGCUUCUAUUGAGAGUAUUGCAUCGCUUCUAACUUCCAGUGAAAAAAGCGUCAAGGAAGACGAAUUCGACUUCUCUGCUUUCGAAAAUGAGUAUCUGCAAUCCACCUCUGAGCAGCUUGGUAUUUCACGAAAGGCAGUGCAGUCUUUGCGGCCGUGCACGCCAAUUCAGAACGGCAUGCUGGCGAUGUUCACCCAUUCCCAUGGUGAUAUUUACUUCAACCGAAUGACAUUGAAGUUCUCAGUGCCACUUAACAAAGGUCUACUGAAGGAAGCUUGGUCUCGAGUGAUGGCCCAGCACGAGAUGCUCCGCACUGGUUUUGUCCAGCUGCGCAAUCAACAAUACCCAUUUGCCAUGGUUACGUACCAUGAAGGCAUUGAACUCCCCUGGUAUGAAGCUAGGGACACUGCCGCAGAUGCUGUCAAUCUUCAAGAAAAGCAUGUAUUGGAAAACCUCCACCAGCCUCCUUGGAAAAUCGAUGUUGAGUCCUGCGAGACCGUUAAGGAGAUCCAUUUCUCUGCGCUUCACGCCAUUUAUGAUGCCCAAUCUUUGACUUCAAUCUUUUCCGAUGUUUCGGCAGUAUACGAAGGAAAAACUCUAGCAAAGCCUCCUUCAAUUACUGCAACUCUUGGGCCCAUCUUAAUUGAGAGUCGAGCGCAGAAUGAUGAGGCCCAGGCCUUUUGGCAGGGACUAGCUACAGAGGUGCAUUCUUGCAAAUUCCCUGACUUGCAUCCUAUUCGGACCGAAAAGAAGAAAUUGCUCGUUGGCUCAAUCCGCUGUUCACAGUCUCGAAGGGCUCUCGAAGAUGCUUGUCGAGACAUCGGUGUGACACUGCAAGCGGCCGGCCAAGCAGCCUGGGCUCGAUUACUCGCUGCAUACACCGGUGAAUUGAAUGUUGUCUUUGGAACGGUUCUUUCUGGCCGCAAUUUGUCGGCCGCUGCCCAGGAAGCUGUUUUCCCAUGCUUGGUGACCGUGCCCUCUCCUCUGCACAUCGAAGGAACCAACCGUGAUCUUCUGAGCCGCACAUUGAAGAUGAAUGCAUCCUUGUUGAAUAAUCAAUUUACCCCACUGUCCCAGAUCCAACGCUGGAUGGGCAGCGAUGAACCUCUCUUCGACACUUUGUUCGUCUACCAGAAAUUCACAUCCAAAAAGGAAGACUCCCAACACUGGGAGGUAUUUGAUGAAGAGACAAAGAUUGAUUAUCCGGUGUCUUUGGAGCUGAUCCCGCACUCGACUGAUCUUGAGGUCAGAAUCAACUACAAGAGCGACGUUCUUCCAGAAGAGCAGGCAAAGAUUCUGUUGGAGCAGUACGAAAGAUUCUUGGAGAAUACUGUCUUCUCGGCGGACUCGAGCUCCGAGGAUUACUCUUCCGUGGGAAGCAGGUUGCUGUCUGUCAGUCAGGCCAAGGACGAGACCAUUCCAUCCUCCGUCUCUCUGUUGCACCAAUUUGUCGAAAACAACGCCCAAAACCUCCCAGGCAAGACCGCAUUCGAAUUUGCGUUUGGAAGUUCAGCAGAGAAUUUGCAGAAGAAGACAUGGACCUACCGGGAGCUGAAUGAGAAUGGCAAUCGAAUUGCCCAUUUUCUACAGACCAAAGGAACCCUUCCCGGUGGAAUGGUCGCCAUAUGCUUCGACAAGUGUCCCGAAGCUUCGAUGGCAAUUCUGGGUAUCUUAAAAGCUGGCUGUGCGUACGUGGCUAUUGAUCCCACGGCUCCCAUCUCUCGCAAGCAGUUUAUCUUGGAGGAUUCUGGGACUCAACUUCUCCUCUCCCAUCUACCAAAGAAAGCGGAACUGGAGGGCCUCUCGGGUGUUGAAAUUCAAACCCUCGAUGAGCCGGGCCUGCUUGAUGGCCUCUCAGUCGCGCGGCCUCUGCUUUCUCGGGCAAUCGAGCCGAACGAUACAUGCUACUGUCUGUACACAUCCGGCACAACUGGAACUCCCAAGGGCUGUGAGAUCACACAUGGAAACGCCGUACAAGCGAUGUUGGCAUUCCAAAGAUUGUUCUCAGGCCACUGGAAUGAAGACUCUCGAUGGCUCCAGUUUGCGUCCUUCCACUUCGAUGUCAGUGUUCUCGAACAGUAUUGGAGUUGGAGUGUUGGAAUUUGCGUUACCUCAUGCCCUCGAGAUCUCCUGUUCGAGGAUCUGCCAGGCACCAUUCAAAAGCUUCAAAUCACACACAUCGAUCUGACGCCGAGUCUGGCAAGAUUGGUUCACCCCGAUGAGGUUCCUUCGCUGUGCCAAGGUGUGUUUAUCACUGGUGGUGAGCAGCUGAAACAAGAAAUUCUUGACGCAUGGGGCCGACAUGGGGUCAUUUACAAUGGUUAUGGACCGACAGAGGUCACUAUCGGGUGCACUAUGCUUCCGAGAAUGUCCGCCAAGGACAAACCUUCUAACAUUGGACCGCAGUUCGAUAACGUGGGCUCAUAUGUUUUCCGUCCGGGCUCAUCGACACCUGUUUUGCGAGGCGGCAUCGGUGAGCUCUGUGUUUCAGGACCUCUUGUUGGGAAGGGCUAUCUGAACCGGGCAGAGCUUACCAAAGAGAGAUUCCAAAGCCUUCCUGGAUCUGGAGAUCGCAUCUACCGAACUGGUGACCUUGUCAGGAUCCUUCAUGAUGGCAGUUUCCAGUUCCUUGGCCGCAUUGAUGACCAAGUCAAGCUCCGUGGCCAGCGACUUGAGAUCGGGGAGAUCAACGAAGUCAUGAAGCAAGCAACUCCUGAGCUUAACGAAGUGGCCACCUUGGUGAUCAAGCAUCCAAAACAAUCCAAGGAUCAGCUUGUCUCCUUCGUUACUCGAGUCACUGACGACAAGACACUUCGGGGCGUGAAAGUCCAUUCCUCUGAAGAGGAUCGAAAGUUGCUCUCGACAAUCAAGACUGCUUGCCAUGCACAUCUUCCAGGGUACAUGGUGCCCACUCACAUUAUUCCUAUGAGCCUCUUCCCUCUGUCAGCCAACAACAAGGCUGAUAUGAAGGUCUUAAAAAGCAUAUAUCAAGAUCUUUCUCUCGAAGACAUUCAGAAACUGACUUCCAUGAGUGUCAACCGGACCACGGAUAGUGCACAAGAACAGUCAAUAAUAUCUAUCUUGGCAAAAUUCGUGGGAUCCACUGACCAGACAAUUUCGUCGUGGUCGAGCAUCUACGAACUGGGCCUCGACUCUAUCUCCGUGAUAGCAUUCUCCAGGAGUCUCAGAGAAGCCGGGUUCCCUCAGGCCCAGCCAUCUUUGAUUAUGAAACAUCCCACCAUCACAGGAAUGGCCUCCGCUUUACAGAUGUCUACGACUGCCUCUGAUUCACUCGAAACACUUCACAAGAAUUCGAAACAAGCCAUCGAGGCCUUUGAACACAAGCACUUUGCUUCUCUCGUUGAGAAUAUUGGGAUCUCCGACGAGGACAUCGAGAGAAUUGCCCCUUGCACUCCACUCCAGGAAGGUAUUAUAUAUCAUUUCCUGUCGAGUGACACGCCUUUGUACUGCUCUUCCUUCACCUUUGAGCUUCGUUCUUCAGUCAAUCUUGAGGCUUUGCAGGCAGCCUGGAUCCAGACUCAAAAAGAGGUUCAGAUGUUGCGGGCUCGAUUCUCUCCUUCCCCUGAUGGCUAUGCUCAAGUCAUCCUGAAAAAGGACAGACUGCCUUGGUUUUCCACCACGGUAGACUCCGAAGAGAGCAUUGAAACUGCGCGACAACAACAAACCCAGCAAUGGAUUUCAAACCUCGAUGGUCUCUCUACAAUAUCGUGGGAGAUCGGAGUGAUAAUUUGCCCUGGAAAAUCGUUGAUGUUCCUGAACAUCUUCCACGCUCUCUAUGAUGGCAACAGUCUGGUUCUUCUUCUUGAAUUGGCUGCUCGAAACUACUUGAACCAAGAACAAACCUCUCCCCAAGCCCCCAAUUUCCUGGAUGUGUUGCACUUAGGCCCACUUUGCAAAGACCCCUCCGCAAAGGCCUUUUGGACAGAACACCUUGCAGGUUGUCAAAAUCGGGCCUUGGCCGGGAUGCAUCAUGAGAGCACUUCUUCAAUUCUUCAAAAGACCCAAAUUAAUGUGACAGAACAUUUGGACCAUCUAAGGAAGUCCCUCAACGUCACCGAGCAAGCGGUUCUCCAUGCCUGUUGGCUGCUCACCCUCCAGCAGCAUUACUCGUUUGUGCCUCCGCUUGGGAUCAUCGCUUCAGGUCGUACAAUUGAUGUACCCGGCAUUGGAGAUACUAUCGGACCUCUUUUCAACACCAUCCCGAGCAAUGUUCAAUUCCGUGGUUUGGAAACUUGGUCGGAUGUUGCUCGCCGGUGUCAUGAAUACCAUGUUUCCACGAUUCCGUUCCAGUACUCUGCACUUCGAGACAUUGUGAAAUGGCUGGGCAAGAACUCUGACGAAAGACUCUUUGACUCUCUGUUUGUCUUCCAGAGGGAAACCACUGAUAUCGAAUCUGUGACUGAAGCAUUGUGGCACCCACUCGAUUCAGAAGCACAACACGAAUACCCAUUGGCGUUUGAAAUUGUGAGAAACGGCACUAAAUCGUUGACAGUCACCGUUGCCGCAAAGAGCCAUGUACUUUCCUCGGACGCGGCGCAGCAGAUCCUUUCCAGCUUCGAGCGACAUUUGUCUGAGUUCGCGCAAAACCCCGACAGGGAACUGCCCCAGACCAACGGAAUAUUGCCGCGAGAGGAAGUUCAAACAAACGGUGAAAUCGUUGAGCCACAACAGCAUUUGAACUCUUCGGCAAAGAGCGAGGACUCUGGAUUCCAGUGGACAACUCAAGCUUAUACAAUCCGCGAUGUCAUUGCAACCCUUGCUGGGGUAGAGCCACAAACUGUCAGCGAGCAAACAUCCAUUUUCGAAGUUGGACUCGACAGUAUCGAUGCAAUUAAGUUGUCCUCCCGACUGGGCAAAUCUGGAAUCAAGAUUCCAGUGAGUGCUAUAAUGCGUCAUCGAACAGUUAAAGCCAUGACCGAGCAGCUGGGGACGGCAACUCAUCAUGAACAAAAUGGGACAACCGCUUUACUGGAUCAAACUGAGAAGUCUCUCAGUCAGUUCCUGGCGAGUGAAUGUCUUGUCCCUGAAGAUGCCAAUCGAAUCCUCCCAGCUACACCGAUCCAGGAAGCAAUGGUUGCCGAAAUGGUUGCUUCAGGUUACCAGCACUACUACAACCAUGAGAUCCUCCAACUUGAACCAGACGCAAGUAUUGAAAAGCUUCAAGAGGCAUGGAGAGCGGUUGUUAAGGCCAACCCCAUACUUCGUACUUCGUUUGUUGAAGUCUCGGAUCCGAAGAUAUCUGCUUCUUACGCCCAGAUCGUCCACAGCGAAGAUCAUUUCGACUUCCAGUCGGUUACCCUACAUGGUGCAUCUGUGGAUACGAUUAUAGAAAAGCAACGGGCGAGGAUACUCACGGAUCUCGCUGGCCGCCCACCAAUGACUGUCACAGUUGUUGUGGACGGAGAUGCUCGGUAUCUGGUUUUGUCAAUUUCGCAUGCUCUCUAUGAUGGGUGGUCGAUUCAUCUGCUCCAUGAGGAUGUUGCCAAAUUUUACGCCGGCCAGACUUGCCAUCGUCCGUCGCCAGAUGCCGUUCUUGAACAGAUCAUAGCAUCAUCCGGUGAUCGAGCGCUUAGGUUCUGGAGAGCAACGCUAUCCAACUUUGUUCCGAAAUCUUUCCCAGCCGGAGAACACUCCGUCAAAGAUUCGGAUCUUGUUCAUCGUACAGAGAGACUACUGUCUGUUCCUCUUCGUAAAGCCGAAGCAUUUUGCAAGCAGCAUGGCGUUACUGUCCAGUCACUCCUGGUCAGCUGCUGGUCCCUUGUACUGGCAGGCUAUACCAUGACGCUGGAUGUGGCUUUCGGACUCGUCCUAUCUGGCCGGCAAAUGGCCGAUUCUGAACAUGUGAUGUUCCCAACAAUGAACACAGUAGCCAUGCGUGUCAUUUUGCAUGGAAGCCGUUCGGAAUUGGUGAAAUACGUGCACGAAUCUUUGGUCGAAAUUUCGGAACACCAGCAUUUCCCACUGCGACGGGCGAGACCGGAUGCAAAGUCACGACAAUUGUUCGACACGCUUUUCAUAUACCAGAGGAGACCGACAGAGGAUCUUCAAACAGGACAGAGUCUGUACAAGCCGAUGGGCGGUGCAUCGAAGGUCGAAUACCCAGUCUGUGCCGAGAUCGAAGGUGUUGGAGAAACUCUUGUUGGCCGCGUAGCUUGCCGUGGGAGUGCCUUGGGAGAAAAGGACACCACAGAGCUUUUGGAGCGGAUGUCGCAUGUCUUAACAUUAAUCAUUGACCAACCAGGCCAAAAGACGGUGGAUUUCACUGAAGAUGGCAUGGGAAUUUGCGGAAGCCCAGUUUUCCAAGAAGCCAAACCUCAAACGCCUGCAAUUGAUGCAAAGCCCAAGGUAUCUAGCAAAACAAAAUGGUCGUCGAUCGAGUGCAAGAUUCGCAAUGUUCUUUCUGCUGUUUCUGGGGUGUCUGAGACAUCAAUCGACAAGGAUUCAACUAUCUUCCAGCUUGGGCUAGACAGCAUCAGCGCCAUCAAGGUGACGGCCCUUCUGAAGAAACAAUGUGUCAAGCUCGCCGUCAGUGACAUGCUCAGAGCUGGUACAAUCGAGAACAUGGCCCGAGUGGCGAACAGAAACAGCGUGGAAAUCACACCCGCGGAUUUAUCCAACGCCCUCAGUGCUUCGCUUGAUGGUAUCGACAUGACCGCACUGCUCCAGUCUGCCGGUGUUGAUCCAGAGCGGGUUCAAAAGGCAUUCCCGGCAACUGCAGGGCAAGCUUAUUUCCUCUCUAUGCACGCCUUGAAUCCAAUGAUGUUCUAUCCAGAGUUCUACUACACAGCAUCUACGAAGCUGAGCGAAGCGUUGCUUGAAAGAGCUUGGGCUUGCCUCGUCGAUCAAACUCCCAUGUUGCGGACUGCCUUCCUCCCUACCAGCCAUCCACGAUUGCCGUAUGCCCAAAUCGUGCUGGAUUCAGUGCAGACCCCUGUCGUCUGGCAUAGCCCGUCAGAUCAUCAAGUUGCCUCGAUGAAAUCUAGGCGAGAGCCCCGCUCGGUGCCGGUGACUCUGCAUGCAUGUCAAACCAACGAUGGUACGGCGCUAAUUCUCCAGAUUCAUCAUGCGCUCUAUGAUGCUGUGAGCCUGCCGUAUAUUAUAGACCGGUUGUCUCAGCUGUGCAGCCAAGAAAAGCCAUCCGAGACACCAUCUGGCAUUGAUGACCUCUCACAGCUUGUGGCAUUCCAGCACGUUCAUUCGCCCGUGGAGAUUCGGCGGCAAUUCUGGCAACAAUAUCUGGACUCCGCUACAAUCGAUGAGUCCCCUGCAAAACCGGUGGGUGGUUUUGGUGCCGUUCAGCACUAUUAUCGACCAGGGCUUGUCUCAAAGAUGUCCCGUAUUGAAAUAGCCGCCAACCACCAGGGCCUCAGUAUCCAAGCUAUCUUCUUGGCCGUCUAUGCCCGAGUGCAUGCCCAGAACUUCGCAGCAGUGAACAAAUCCCACGAGAAACUUCACAAACAGUUUGUGGUUGGACUGUAUCUGGCAAAUCGGUCUUAUGCUACGGAGGGGUUGUCUGAGCUUGUUGCUCCCACUGUCAAUAUUGUACCGCUACGCCUCGACAACAAACUCCACGGGACUGAUGACACCCUCUUUGCCGCUGCUCGGCGAAUCCAAGAUGACAUCAACGAGAUCAGUAGGGUGGAGCACGCCGGGGUGUCUCUCAUGGAAAUUGCCAAGUGGACUGGCGUGCGAAUCGACACCUGCAUCAACUUCCUGCGACUGCCCGAGCUGAACGAGUCCCACGACGCCAAUGAGAGUGGGCGAGUGACUCUCCAAGCUGUUUCGCGCGAGACAUUUGAGAAGAUGAGAGGAUUCAUUCGCUGCGACGACGGCCAGGCUCAAACUAACGGUGAGACUGCAACACCGUCGGGUUUCACCGCUUCAACGGCGGCUAUCGCAGAUGUCUUCCGCGUAAGUGACCAACCACACCCUGACCUUACACACUGCGAGAACUUCGCACUAACCAAAUUUCUCCGGGUGCAACAGCCAACGAUUGACGUGGAGGCUGCCAUUCGCGAAGGACGACUGGAUUUCGGGCUCUUCGCGCCCGACAGUCGACUUGAUCGUAAAACUGCUGAGCGGGUGAUGGAAGAUAUGCGGCAAGAGAUGAGCGUGUUGGCAGAAGCGCCAGACUCGACAUAG